AUGGCAACGACGGAUCCAACGUCGCGCCUCCGAGAAAAGGGUCCGAGUCUGAAGAACAAGAACAAGAACAAGAGCAAGAACAAGGACAAGAAGGAGAAGGACGAGCCCCCUCCACAGGCUUCUGAUGACGGCUGGGAUUGCCAAUGGGACCCCAACACCCGGGCAUGGUUCUUUUAUAACCGCUUCACUGGCAAGACGCAAUGGGACAAUCCGCGCGCGCCAAGCGCAGCAGGUCCCGCAGCGGCGGCGGCCUCGUCUGCCGCCCUGCUGCCCGCUGCAGCUCCAGCUCCCCCCGGCGACGCCAUAGUCACCGGCUACAACCCCGCCAUACACGGCGACUACGACCCCAACGCAUGGUACGCGCAAAAGUACCAGCAGGCGGACGAGCCAGCCCCUGCCGCAGCGGUGCCUAGCAUGGCGGACGAGGACGCGUUCGGCGCCACGGCCGGGUUCAACCGCUUCACGGGCCAUUUUCAACGCCCGGACGCUGGGCCGGGCCAGUUCUCGGACGAAGCCAAGUCCCGCAGGCAGAUGGGGGCGUACUUCGACGUCGACGCCGUUGCCAGCGCCGACGACGGACGUAGCUACAAGGCCGAGAGGGCAAACAAGCGCAUCUCCAAGUCGGAGCUGAAGGCGUUCAAGGAGAAGAGAAAGGCGAGGAAGGAGGAGAAGCGGAGGGCUUGGCUGAAGGACUAA